AUGUCGAAGAGAGUGCUACCGCUUUGGAUGCGCGAGCAUCACAAAUCAAUUGUGUCGAAAGUACCGUUCUUAGAAAGUAAAUGCAAUGUAAAAUCAAAUCUGUCUAAUGCUACAGAAAUUCUAAUCAAAUCCGGUGAAAUCAGUGAAGUGAAAAAUGAUUCAUCAGAAAGUAAGAGCAAUACAAAACUAAUCACUUCUGAUGCAGCAGAAAUUAUUAACAAAGCCAGUGAACCUGGCAAUGCAACUCAAUCUGAUGAAGAGCCAACAAAAAGACGCUUGCGAAGCAACUUUACAUUCCCAACGGUAGCUGAGAAAACGGUUAUUUAUUUGCCAUUCGUUGAAUAUACCGGAGCGAUAGAAUACUACACACUAAUGCAUGACAUGGCGUUCAGUUGUGAUCAGCUCUUACAGUGGGUGUCACAGCAACCGGUUGAUGUCGUUCCGAUUGCGUUCGAUUUGGAAUGGCCUAUGAGCUUCAAAACUGGCCCGGGAAAAACGGCUUUAUUACAGCUGUGCGCUUCAAUCGAUCGAUGCUUGUUGCUGCAAAUAUCCUGUCUGCAACGGUUGCCUGUUGCAUUGACGCAGCUGCUCUGCCACCCGAAAGUCGUGCUGCACGGGGUGAACAUCAAGAACGAUAUUCGUAAAUUGACCCGUGAUUUUACGAUUACAAAUUCUGACCGAAUGCUUGCACAAUGUGUCGAUUUAGGGCAGCGGUAUAAUCUGCUGUGUGGUACAAAAGGUAUUUGGAGCAUGCAACGUUUGGUAGAAAGUGUGCUCCAACAACGUAUUAAUAAGGAUAAAGAAGUACGCAUGAGUAAAUGGAAUGUGCUGCCGUUGAGCGAGGAUCAAAAGCUGUAUGCGGCCAUCGAUGUUUAUAUAAGCCAAAUGCUUUACAUCAAACUCUCCGAAAUUGAACGUAACCAGAACAAAGUGAAAAAUUGUCAAUUUUCAGAGAGAGAGUUAGAGUUCAAAGAGAAUAAACGCGACUCUGAUGCAGCUUCCUUUUAA